CUCCCUCCCUCUCUCUCUCAGACUCUCACGACUCCAAAGCAAAAGGUUCCAAGACUCUCUCUCUGACUUUCUCAUCUCCCGCCGUGUCACCGUCGUUACGUCACCAUCUCCGGCCACGGUUGGUGGAAAAUGGGAAGAGCGUUCGGGAUCGAACUCGAGGGAGCAGUGUAUACAUGCAAAUGGUGCGACACACAUCUCGGAGUCCCCAGUGAUAUCAUCUCUAAGGAGACCGAGGAUGGUUGCCUCGUAUAUGUGUUCAGUAGACUCUACAAUACAAUAAUUCUGGCUGAAGCAACUGGUGACUUCCAUGAUAUCUUUUGUGUCGGUUGUUCCAACGACAUCGGCAUUUAUGGCGUAAGUGAUCCAAAUAGUUUCAGGGUUUUGAGGAGCGAACUCCAUGGACCGGAAGGAAGCGAUGAUGAGGUUUAGGAGUUGGUAUGUGCUAAGAAAAUGUAGAAAGUAUAUGUUUUUGAAUUUCAUAUUACUUUGUAUGGUGUGUGAAUAGUCUCAAGAAUAAAUCACAUAUUCUUCCUUAUGGGAUUUUGAUGACAUUUGAAAGUUCUUAUUUUGUUGCUAAAAAAAAAAAAGUUCUUAUUUUUACACU